AUGGCUUCGACAGACAGCUCAACUCCUCCUUUGUGUGCUAAGGGUUGCGGUUUCUUUGGCUGUCCAGAGAACAAAAAUCUGUGUUCAAAGUGUUACAAAGAUUACCUCAAAGAGGAGGUGAAACUGUCUGAACUUGUCAUCACCCCAUCAGCUGAUGAUAAGAACCCAGCUGUUGUUUCUGAUGAAAAGUCUCCAACAACUAAUGCUACUGCUACUGCUACUGCUUCUAGUUCGACAAGGAAGACGAGAUGCGAGAACUGCAACAAGAAAGUUGGCUUGACGGGGUUCAAUUGCCGAUGUGGGAAGAUCUUUUGUGGGAUGCAUAGACAUGCUGAAGAGCACUCGUGCACGUUUGAUUUCAAGACUCAUGGUCGACAAGAAAGAAUUGAUGGGUUCACAAGACAACUUGACUCCGGCCUGCUUUGUGUGCUAAGGGUUGCGGCUUCUUUGGCUCUCCAGAGAACCAAAAUCUGUGUUCAGAUUGUUACAAAAACUAUCUCAAAGAAGUGGCAAUUGCUGAGACUGCCAAAGAACUCUCUGAACCUCUCAUCAGUACCCCACCAGCUCAUGAUAAGAGCCCUUAGCAUGAGAAUAGAUGCGAAUGCUGCAACAAGAAAGUUGGAUUGUCGGGGUCCAAGUGCUUCUGUGGGGAUCAUCGAUAUGCCAAGGAACCACUGUUGCAUCUUUGAUUUCAAGACUCUUGAAAGACAAAAUCUGGCUAAACAGUUGGUGGUGAUAAACUUGAUGCUAGAAUCUGAUGUAGUCUUUGAAUUUUCGAAUUAA